AUGACGGGAGGGGCCUCGAUAUGCAAAUCUGAGCUGCUGAUCGUUGACGCGCCAUCACCCCACGCGCCGCUUCGCGCGCCGAUUGGCCAGGACAAGCCUGGUCCCAUUGACAACAAACAAGGGGGCGCGCGCGGCCUGGGGGCGGGGCCACAGAGGGCGCGGGUUGGGGCGGGGCAAUGCCGCCCCGCCCCGCCCGCGCGGCGCAAACAUGGCGGCGGCUGGCACCGGCCGGUGAGGCGGUACCCGGCGGGGGCUGUUGGGUGUCAUGGGCGGCCGCGGGAUCUGCUUCGGGGCGCCUCGUGUCCGGAAGCGCAGCGAGGGUCGUGGGGUCGGGAACGCGGAGCCGGGGGCGUCGCGGGGGCCUGGCGGGAGCAGCCAGAGGAGAGCGCGCGGCCGCUGCCUCCUUCGCGCUCCUACACGCGCGGGCCGAGUCUCCUGGCUCCUGGGAAAACUUUGGGCAGCGAGCGGCUGCAGAAGCAAGUUGCUGAUGAAGCGAGUGGUGGCGGCGGAGUGUGGACGCAUCUCUCCGGGAUAGAGACCCGGGCGCUCCUGCUGUCGCGCUGCAAAGGGAAGAUGCUGCAGUUUGUCAGCAAUCAAGUGGGAGAGUUCCCUGACUUGUUCUCAGAGCAGCUGUGCAGCUCCUUCCCUGGCGGCGGUGGAAGUGGCAACAGCGGCAGCAGCAAUGGCGGCAGCAGCAGCGGUGGCGGAGCCGGAGCUGGGGACCCCUCGGUGCAGCGGUCCUUCAGCCAGGUCCCGUUACCUUCCUUCUCGCCCUCGGCUACCUCCCCCCAGGCUCCAGCCCUACAAGUCAAGGCUCCCCCCACCGUGGUUCCCCCUCCGCCAAGGGCAACUCCCGUUCUUCAGCCCCGCCCCCAGCCCCAGCCCCAGCCUCCAGCUCAGCUGCAGCAGCAGACAGUAAUGAUCACCCCGACAUUCAGCACCGCUCCCCAGACGAGGAUCAUCCAGCAGCCUUUGAUAUACCAGAACGCAGCUACCAGCUUUCAAGUCCUUCAGCCUCAAGUCCAAAGCCUAGUGACAUCCUCCCAGGUGCAGCCGGUCACCAUCCAGCAGCAGGUGCAGACGGUGCAGGCCCAGCGGGUGCUGACGCAGACAGCCAAUGGCACGCUGCAGACCCUCGCCCCGGCCACGGUGCAGACAGUUGCUGCGCCCCAGGUGCAGCAGGUCCCGGUCCUGGUACAGCCUCAGAUCAUCAAGACAGAUUCCCUUGUUUUGACCACACUGAAGACAGAUGGCAGCCCUGUGAUGGCCGCAGUCCAGAACCCAGCCCUCACUGCCCUCACCACCCCCAUCCAGACAGCUGCCCUUCAAGUUCCGACCCUGGUGGGCAGCAAUGGGACCAUUCUGACCACAAUGCCUGUGAUGAUGGGACAAGAGAAAGUGCCCAUUAAGCAGGUACCUGGGGGAGUCAAGCAGCUCGAGCCCCCCAAGGAAGGAGAAAGGAGGACGACACACAACAUCAUUGAGAAGCGGUAUCGCUCCUCCAUCAAUGACAAAAUCAUUGAGUUGAAGGACCUGGUCAUGGGGACAGAUGCCAAGAUGCACAAAUCUGGCGUUCUGAGGAAGGCCAUUGACUACAUCAAAUACUUGCAGCAGGUCAAUCAUAAACUGCGCCAGGAGAACAUGGUGCUGAAACUGGCAAAUCAGAAGAACAAGCUCUUGAAGGGCAUUGACCUAGGCAGCCUGGUGGACAAUGACGUGGACCUGAAGAUCGAUGACUUUAAUCAGAAUGUCCUUCUGAUGUCACCUCCGGCCUCUGAUUCAGGGUCCCAGGCAGGCUUCUCCCCCUACUCCAUCGACUCUGAGCCAGGAAGCCCUCUAUUGGAUGAUGCAAAGGUCAAAGAUGAGCCCGACUCUCCCCCUGUCGCACUGGGCAUGGUGGACCGCUCGCGAAUCCUGCUGUGUGUCCUCACCUUCCUGUGCCUCUCCUUUAACCCCCUGACUGCCCUGCUGCAAUGGGGAGGGGCCCACGACUCGGACCAGCGUCCACACUCAGGCUCUGGCCGCAGCAUGCUGUCUCUCGAGUCAGGUUCUGGGGGCUGGUUUGACUGGAUGAUGCCAACGCUCCUCUUGUGGCUGGUGAACGGUGUGAUUGUCCUGAGCGUCUUUGUGAAGCUGCUGGUCCAUGGGGAGCCAGUGAUCCGGCCGCAUUCGCGCUCCUCAGUCACCUUCUGGAGGCACCGGAAGCAGGCAGACCUGGACCUGGCCCGGGGGGAUUUUGCAGCUGCCGCUGCAAACCUGCAAACCUGCCUGUCGGUGUUGGGCCGGGCACUGCCCACCUCCCGCCUGGACCUGGCAUGCAGCCUCUCCUGGAACGUGAUCCGCUACAGCCUGCAGAAGCUGCGCCUGGUGCGCUGGCUGCUCAAGAAGGUCUUCCAGCACCGGCGGGCCACCCUGGCCACUGCUGCAGGCUUUGAGGAGGAAGCUAAGACCAGCGCCCGGGAUGCAGCCCUGGCCUAUCACAGGCUGCACCAGCUGCACAUCACAGGCAAGCUUCCUGUGGGAUCCGCCUGUUCAGAUGUACACAUGGCUUUGUGCGCUGUGAACCUGGCUGAAUGUGCAGAGGAGAAAAUCCCCCCGAGCACGCUGGUUGAGAUCCAUCUCACGGCCGCCAUGGGGCUCAAGACCCAGUGUGGAGGCAAGCUGGGCUUCCUGGCGAGCUAUUUCCUCAGCCGCGCCCAGAGCCUGUGUGGCCCCGAGCGCAGCGCUGUUCCCGACUCGCUGCGCUGGCUCUGCCACCCCCUGGGCCAGAAGUUUUUCAUGGAGCGGAGCUGGUCCGUGAAGUCGGCUGCCAAGGAGAGUCUGUACUGCGCCCAGAGGAGCCCAGCCGACCCCAUCGCCCAGGUGCACCAGGCCUUCUGCAGGAACCUGCUGGAGCGAGCUGUGGAGUCCUUGGUGAAACCUCAGGCCAAGAAGAAAGCUGCAGACCAGGAAGAGGAGAGCAGUGAAUUCUCCAGUGCUCUGGAGUACCUGAAAUUACUUAAUUCUUUUGUGGACUCUGUGGGGAUUGUGACCACCCCCUUCUCCAGCAGCUGCGUGCUCAAGUCAGCCCUUGGUCCAGACGUUGUCUGUCGGUGGUGGACGUCCGCGAUCACCAUGGCCAUCAGCUGGCUCCAGGGAGACGACACAGCUGUGCGCGCUCACUUUACCGAAGUGGAGCGUGUUCCCAAGGCCCUGGAAGUGACAGAGAGCCCCCUGGUGAAGGCCGUCUUCCACACCUGCAGAGCUAUGCACGCCUCACUCUCCGGGAAGGCGGACGGGCAGCAGAGUUCCUUCUGCCACUGCGAGAGGGCCAGUGGCCACCUGUGGAGCAGCCUCAACGUCAGUGGGGCCGCCUGCGACCCAGCCCUCAGCCAUGUGGUCCAGCUGCUGACCUGUGACCUGCUCCUGUCGCUGCGGACAGCACUCUGGCAGAAACAAGCAGGAGCCAGCCAGGCCCUGGGUGAGACCUACCACGCGUCGGGCGCUGAGCUGGCUGGCUUCCAGCGGGACCUGGGCAGCCUGCGCAGGCUGGCACAUAGCUUCCGCCCGGCCUACCGCAAGGUGUUCCUGCAUGAAGCCACCGUGCGUCUGAUGGCGGGGGCCAGCCCCACCCGUACCCACCAGCUGCUGGAGCACAGCCUGCGACGGCGCACUGCUCAGAACGCCAAGCAUGGAGAGGCGGACGCCUGGCCCGGCCAGCGAGAGCGGGCCGCCGCCAUCCUGCUGGCCUGCCGCCACCUGCCCCUCCCCUUCCUCUCCCCGCCGGGCCAGCGGGCGGUGCUGCUGGCCGAGGCCGCCCGCACCCUGGAGAAGGCGGGCGACCGGCGCUCGUGCAGCGACUGCCAGCAGAUGAUUGUCAAGCUGGGGGGCGGCACUGCCAUCGCCGCCUCCUGA